CCAUCUAUCGGCGAUACGUUUGAAGUAAGAAUAGAUGUUUUUGCUUCUUGUUUGUCGGUGGUCACUGAAAUGAAAACAGCUGAUUGUUUCGUUUUGACGUUGUCCAAUAGAAAUAAAAAUAUAAAUACGUACUGCCGCAGCUCAGUCAUUGUUCCAAAUCGUUAUGAUGGACACUUGCUAAUAUACUCUGUAAACAAUACAAUCGAUCAUUAUUCGGCGUAAUAAUAAGCUUGAUAUUAUUUCCUAAGUACAUAGAUUAGUUAUUUGCAAAUUAUGGCCAAUUCGGUUAGUAGCAAUGUUAAUGGUUAUAAUUUCAAAGUGGUUUUGCUCGGUGAAGGAUGCGUCGGGAAAACUUCUGUUGCAUUGCGGUACGUGGAGGACAAGUUUAAUGAUAGACACAUCAGCACAUUACAGGCUUCAUUUUUAAAUAAAAAAUUAACUAUAAACGGAAAGAAGGUAAACUUAUCGAUAUGGGAUACAGCUGGUCAGGAAAAGUUCCAUGCACUAGGACCUAUCUAUUACAGAAUGUCUAAUGGUGCAAUUUUAGUUUAUGAUAUUACAGAUGAAGAUACGUUUCAGAAGGUAAAAAGUUGGGUCAAGGAGCUCAAAAAAAUGUUAGGCAGUGAAAUUUGUUUAGCGAUAGCUGGAAAUAAAGUUGAUUUAGAGAAGGAUAGAAGUGUUUCUAUAGAAGAAGCUGAAGAAUAUGCUAAACAAGUUGGAGCUAUGCACUUUCAUACCUCUGCUAAAUUAAAUCAAAAUAUCGAAGAAAUGUUUUUGGAUUUAACACAGCAGAUGAUGCAACACGCGGACGAGGUAGAACAAAAGUCUACAUUAACAAGGACGAACAGUACGCGUCGCAAUGUCGUUGUAGUCGAAGAUGAGGCUGAAGAAACAGAACCAGUCAAGACUUCUUGCUGUUCUUAAUUUCGGAUGUUUAGUUUGAAAUGGUUCUAAUUAUGAACAAGUCGUAUAUAUAAAUGUAUAUAUAUACAUAUUACACAUAUAUAUGGAAAAAUUUGUUCAAAAUUGCAUUGAUACAAUGCAAAAAAUGUACUAUCGCAUUUUAGUACAGAACCAAAUAUAUUUUUUGUUUAUA